GUGAAUCUCCGCAGGUACAGUAGAGCGCUAGACAACCGCUCUGGCCACGUUGACAUGUCGUAAUUUCAGGUGUUUCGGUUAGGCGGUUGCUGUUUCGGUCGGUCAGUCGGUCAACUUAGGAGCUCUUCAGUUUAUCCGUAGGAUGAGUGUGGGUUUCAUAGGAGCAGGCCAGCUGGCCCACGCUCUGGUGAGAGGCUUCACAGCUGCAGGCGUGAUUGCCACCCACAGAAUCACAGCCAGUUCCCCAGACACAGAUCUCCCCACAGUGCAGGGACUGCGGAAACUGGGUGUCAAUUUCACCACCAGCAACAAAGAGACAGUGAGCAAAAGUGAUGUUCUCUUUUUGGCUGUGAAGCCCCACAUCAUCCCUUUUGUACUGGAUGAGAUUGGACCAGACAUUGAAGAUCGUCACCUUAUUGUGUCCUGUGCUGCGGGUGUCACCAUCAGCUCUAUAGAGAAGAAGCUGCAGCAGUAUCGUCCUGAUCCAAAGGUAAUGCGUGCAAUGACAAAUACUCCAGUGGUGGUGCGGGAGGGGGCAACUGUGUACGCCACGGGCACCCAUGCACAAGUGGAGGAUGGAAAGCUUCUGGAGCAGCUGAUGGCCAGUGUGGGAUACUGCACUGAGGUGGAAGAGGACCUGAUUGACGCUGUCACAGGCCUCAGCGGCAGUGGUCCUGCUUACGCGUUCACAGCUGUAGAUGCUCUUGCUGACGGUGGAGUUAAAAUGGGCCUGCCUAGGAGAUUGGCUGUACGCCUUGGAGCCCAAGCUCUGCUGGGGGCUGCUCGAAUGCUGCUAGAUUCAGAGCAGCACCCUGGCCAGCUCAAGGACAAUGUGUGUUCACCAGGGGGCGCCACUAUCCACGCCCUGCACGUCAUGGAGAGCGGUGGCUUCCGCAGCCUCCUCAUCAAUGCUGUAGAGGCCUCUUGCGUUAGGACCAGGGAGCUUCAGUUUUUGGCCGACCAAGAGAAAAUCUCCCCAGCUGCCAUAAAGAAGACAACUCUGGAUAAAGUGCUGCAGCAGCCAGGAGUGACUCCAGAGGCAGUCGGAGUCAGAUCUCAUGGGAUCAGUUUGUUCAGUAAAAGUAACCAGAGGACCAAGAAGAAGUGAUCUUGUUUUUUUGGUCAGGCUUUGAAACAGCACAUUUUAAUAUACCGUGAAACUUCAAUUAAUAGCCUGCUUAUUUAUUAUUGGCUUAAAUCACUGAAAUCAACAGGCCUAUAUAUGGGACAGGCGUUAAUUCCUUUCAGACAAAAUGGUUGAUCUGCAAAAAUUGGGAAAUACAAUAAAAUUGUUUAUAUAAACCAGUAUGAAUAUUACUUGUUUAAAAAUUAGGCUUCAGACAAUAUAUCAAUUAUGAAUCAUUUUUUUGAUCCAGCUCUGAUAGACAGCACAUCAGACAGAGAGAGUGACAGCACUCGAGGAUUAUGGCAACUGACACAACACCACUUUAUCCUGUUAAAACAAUACUCGUAACUUGGCUUAAUUUUUUAAGAAAAACCCUUCAGAUUCUUAUGAUCUGAGGACCCUUAUGGACUUGAGGAAUAUGAAUAACUUGCAGGGUAAUCGAGGAAUGGACACAUAAUUUGAGGUGGCCUUUAUUUGUCCAGGCCAGUAAAAGGGACUGGGCAUUUAAUUGAAGUUUUAUGGUAUGUCACAUCAGUGAGGAGGCAGGAUAUGCUGUGAAUAAACCACUACUGGCAGGUGAUUUUUGGAACAUAAGAUAACAAAGUGGAUUUAUUCCUAGAUUUUAAAAUAAGCUAAAUGUUGGAUGAUGCUGUAAAAAUGGCACGAGCCAUAUUUCUUCUUGUAAUGAAAUGCCUUUACUUUCUCAGGCUAGAUAAGACUAGAGUAAUAAUGCCAAUACCUGUGUUUGAUACAGAGUUAUAAAUCUUAUUGCAGUCAGUCUUUCUGAUUGGGGAAGUUAGGUUGACUAAAUAACAAUGCAAUUCAGUGGUAUGCAGUGAGCUCUGUGGUACGUUUUUAAAUGGUGUUACAGUUAUGUUUGUAGUUGUAUUUGUGUAAUCUCAACAUCAUGUUAAAAAUUGUACUUUAAAGUGUUCUCAAACAAAAUGAGCUGAAUGCAAUAUUUUCUGAUGCAAGGAAACUGUGAGGAUGUUAU